AUGGACACGUCCUGGCCCCAUCUUCCAAUCCGUCGCAAGCCGACUCUCCAGCUCGACGCCGACGACACUCCCAUGGGCAUGAACAUGAAUGUCGUGCUCACCGGCAAGGAGACCGUUGUGCUCGAGGACCGUCCUAUUCCUGAGAUUGGUCCCAAUGACGUCCUCGUCAAGGUCAUGUCUACCGGCAUCUGUGGUACGGACCUGACGUACUACCUCAAGGGUGGCGUCGGAUCCCGUGUGAUCCACAAGCCCCUCGUUCUCGGACACGAGUCCAGUGGCAUCGUGUACAAGUGUGGCAAGAACGUCACAGACGUGUUGCCUGGGGACCGUGUCGCCAUGGAACCCGCUCUUCCGUGCCGCACUUGCCGCUUCUGCCGUGCUGGCCAGUUCAACUACUGCGCGCGCGACAAGUACUUUGCGACGCCGCCGACUGACGGCUCGUUGUGUCAGUGGUACGCCCUCCCGUCCGUCAACGCCGUCAAGAUCCCCAACAACCUCUCGUGGGAGGAGGCCGGAUGCAUCCAGCCACUCGCCAUUGCGGUGCAGAUUGCCCGCCGCGCUGGCUCCCUCACUCACAAGUCGGUUGCCGUCUUUGGCUGCGGCCCUCUCGGUCUCCUCUGCAUGGCCGUCGCCAAGGCCUGUGGCGCCAGCAAGGUUAUCGCGUUUGACAUUGACCAGGGUCGUAUCGACUUUGCCAAGAAGUAUGCCGCAACGGACGGCUUUGUGUCCCCGCGCCGCCCACAGAACCUCGAGACUACCAUCAUGGAGUGGAAUGACAAAGUCUCACAUGACAUGCUUGUCGAGCUCGGUGUCGAUGGUGGCCUCGACGUGGUCCUCGAGUGCAGUGGCGCUGAGCCGGCCCUCCAGCUCGGCAUCUCCCUCCUCCGCCCUGGUGGUACCUUCGUCGCUGCCGGCAUGGGUGCCCCGAUGACCAGCUUCCCCACACUUGAGAUGGCCGCAAAGGAGUUGGACAUUCGUGGCUCGCUCCGAUACACGACCGGUUGCUUUGAGGACGGCAUCGACCUCCUCGAGCGCGGCCUCGUCAACCUCAAGCCCCUCAUCAGCAAGACAUACCCCCUCAGCAAGACCGAGGACGCGUUCAAGGCCCGGAAGGUCGCUCAAGGUACCUCAGAAAUCAAGAUCGUGAUCAUGAACCAGGAGUAG